AGCUUUCGCGGAGAAAUGCCGUCCGGCAGGCAUUGGCAGGUUUCUGAUUCCAAGUGCUUCUUCCCCUGAGGCGGCCGCGGCUGUGUGCUAUACUUUUGUCGACGACAGACUUCGACCCGUUACGGCGGUGCAGAGCUUCUCUUGCAAGGCCCGUCCGACUCGGGCCUCUAGGAUUCCCAUGUUAAGAAACCAUCCCAACACAGCCGCCCAUCUCACGGGCCGCGGGACACGGAUUAGAUCAUCGACUUGAGCACCUAAGAACCGAUGGCCCGGGUCAGGUUCUUCGCAGCGCCUGAAACAAUAUCGUCGUCGCCUGGUGCCAGGCCUACCUAGCCAACUCAUUAGGACAGCUGUCGAAAUUUCCGGAAAAAUGUCGGUGAAGCCUUCGUCCCUGUUCUACACCGUGGAAGUGGGCGACACCGCCUUCACUAUUCUACGUCGUUACCAAAAUCUCAAGUCGAUCGGUUCGGGAGCGCAAGGAAUCGUAUGUGCCGCAUACGACUCGAUGACCGGCAAGAAUGUGGCCAUCAAAAAGCUCUCCCGGCCGUUCCAAAAUGUGACCCACGCCAAACGCGCUUAUCGCGAGUUCAAACUCAUGAAACUGGUUUCGCACAAGAAUAUUAUCGGCCUGCUGAACGCGUUCACCCCUCAACAGUCCCUGGAGGAGUUCAGUGAUGUGUAUCUUGUCAUGGAAUUGAUGGAUGCCAACCUUUGCCAGGUGAUACAGAUGGACUUGGAUCAUGAGAGGAUGUCAUACCUUCUUUAUCAAACGCUUUGUGGAAUAAAGCACUUACACUCUGCCGGGAUAAUCCAUCGUGAUCUGAAACCGUCCAACAUCGUGGUAAAGAGUGACUGUACCUUAAAAAUCCUGGACUUUGGUCUGGCGCGGACAGCUGGUACGAGUUUCAUGAUGACCCCGUACGUAGUGACGCGCUAUUAUCGCGCACCGGAGGUUAUUCUAGGGAUGGGUUACAAGGAAAAUGUGGACAUUUGGUCGGUCGGCUGCAUCAUGGGUGAAAUGAUCAGAGGCGCCGUCUUGUUCCCGGGAUCUGACCAUAUAGACCAGUGGAACAAGAUUAUUGAGCAACUGGGCACACCGAGCAGAGAAUUCAUGAGGAGAUUGCAGCCCACUGUGCGAAACUACGUCGAAAACCGGCCACGAUACGCCGGCUACUCGUUCGAGAAGCUAUUCCCAGACGUUCUGUUCCCCGGCGACUCGACCGAGCACAGUAGGCUCAAAGCCAGCCAGGCUAGGGAUCUCCUCUCCAAGAUGCUUGUCAUAGACCCCGACCGACGCAUUAGUGUUGACCAAGCUCUCGAACAUUCUUACAUCAAUAUUUGGUACGAUGAGGAAGAGGUAAAUGCGCCGGCGCCAGCUUCUUACGACCAUUCAGUCGACGAACGCGAGCACACAGUGGAUCAGUGGAAGGCUCUGAUUUAUCAGGAGGUUUGCGAAUACGAGCAACGACAUAACACUCUCGGGACUCUCACCGGUGGAGCCCUCACAGGAGGUUCUCUCGGCGUUAAUCUCGAGCGACAAGGAUCGCAAGGCUCUUCUAGUCAAGGGUCGAGCCAAGCUCUGACUUCGCAGACGUCUCAGCCAACCGCCACAACAUCCGCUGUUUUAGGUUCGUGUUCGUCGAUUACUGGAUCAGGAGCGUGUGGAGCCCCGAACGGAGCUGCGUCAAAUGUUCCUCAAUGAAGCUGGGCAAUAGCACGGCGAAGUGGAUUUCUAUCGCUACCUAGAAUUGAACUCUCGAUAUACAGUACUGAACUGUCUCGAUGACAUCACGAACAGAUGCAGCGGCAAAGAAACUGCGGCAAUUAACCGCGAAGGUCAAUCACAAACCUCACUGCGUCCUACUCCCGUGGACGUCGUUGCCUUCACUUCUGCCCGCCUGUUCACAGCUCUUUACGCUCCACCUGCUCCUAUGCGGGAGAGGGGGUCAGAGCUCAUCGAAGGAAAACCCUCCGAGCUGUCGCUGAUUGUUGGCUAAUCCUAAACGGACUGUGAGCACGUGUGUGAUGAUUGAUGACGAUUACGCUUUCUGAAGCCUGCAUCGAAAACGAGUCUGCUUGAACGAGCGAAUAAGUCACCUAGAUCCAAGAAAUCGAAAUAUGGAGUCGCUCGAGUAUCGAGCUCGAGCAACACAUCCGAGGACGGGUUUGUGACCGGUGGCUAUGGCUUCGACACCUGUGGCUCAGACUCACAAUCACGGGCAGAUCUGAUCUCUGAUUCGAUGACGGCGUGUGGAAUUCGGAGCGGAAAUAUUCCUAUUUUCGUUCCUCCAUCUCUGGUCGAUAAUUAUUGAAUCGUAUUCGGAACCGUUAUCCAUCGAAAUGUGCCAAAUCACUCUCACACUGCCUCCCCGCCUCCCACCCUGGUUCUUCCCGCUCUCUGACAAGGAAGCGUCACCUCCCCGCGAAGUUCCUCCGAAGCCUCUCCCUUCAAUUUAGCAUCAUCAUUUAGCCAUUAACUGCUUCAUGAAUUAUUCGCCUUUGUGAUUGAAUUUCUUGACCGUCCACUCAUCGGAACGCCAGGCCGCCUACUAUCACCGCGAGCCCUGCACGCGAAUCACGCGAGUAUUUUGCUCCGUUCGGUGCCUACUUGUGAGUCUUACGGGUGGCAGUGACCUCCAGAGAACAAAGAUCGGAGCUCAGACAGAAAACACGCAGUGGAGCUCGCGAUAGGAUCUUUCAUUGCCUCUUACAUCUACGACCGUAGAGCAAAGGACCUCCGACGCACUGUCAAACCCAUCAGCGAUUGGAGAAUGUCACCCGCUGUUGUGAGCGAAUCGCGGGUUCCUCGCUCGGACGCGCCCCGCAGUCGGUCAAUCCGAAAUUCGCUUCCGGGGGGGUCGGGAUGUGAAUGUUGAGUGUGUUCGACGAUCGUCCACAGCUCAUAAAGCUCGUAGCUCCGGUCAUGAGCCAAUGGUGCCGUUUUUCUGCGGGUGCAUCCAGAGGGAAACGGGGUCGUAUCAAUGACAGAAACAACACCGGCACAUUCU